AUGCAGUCAACACCCAAUAGGACCAGCAAAAUACCUCGGCCUGGGACAAUGUCACCCCGUGUCAGCCAGGGAAGCAAAAGCCCUCAAGGCAAUGUGAGCUCCGAAGCAAGCAAAAGCCCCGAAUCACCUAUUGAAGCUCCUGCAUCUGCCCGUAUCCAUGAUGAGCUUCAGAUUGUCUCUCAGCUGACACAGGGCCUGGAAAACUGUGAUUGGGAGCAGCUCCAAGGGAAAUACACCGAUGCAAUGGAGGAACACGGCCGAGUGGAAGAGAAUCUUCGGGUUGAAACAGCGAAGCUUCUAGAGGUUUUCAUGGCUUGGUCUCAAACCACCGUUUCGCAAGAUGAAAACAGGGCUUUGAAAAGGUUCAAGACCCAGAUGCAGCACGUUCAACACUCUGAAGUUAACGUGGAUAAUAAGAAGAAACAUUAUGCGGAAGUAGUGAAGGCUUUCCAGAACGCGCUCGCCUUGCUCAAUGAACAGCUGAAGGUUUGA